UCUUCUUCCACUGCUGCACGUGCGAGGAGGCGAAGUCUGACAUUCGGUCCCAUAAGGAGUUCUGCUCUAUCCGACAUGGGGAAGUCCAAACAAACGGGAAACCAUAACAACGGCAGGAAGAAGAACAUCUCAAAGAAGUGGAAAACGAAGCGGAGAAGCAAAGAUCUGGACCAGAUCCACUCCGACAUGAAGCCAGAGACUGCAGCCAAACUGCUGCAUCAGGAGGUGGACUAUGACGUCACGGGAUGCGCGCAGCAUUACUGCCUGCACUGCUCGAGAUACUUUGUUGACAUGAGAUCAUUGAAAGAGCAUUUCAAGACCAAAGUGCACAAGAAACGGUUAAAGCAGCUCAGAGAGGAGCCGUACACACAGGCUGAGGCAGAGCGGGCUGCAGGAAUGGGCUCCUACAUCCCUCCAAAAACCAUUGAGGUGAAGACGCAGCCUGUGGAGGAGGAAAUGGACUGAAAGCUGUUUAGUUAAUGCAUAGACUCUUAAUAACAGAAGCCUGGACGGUGGCGUCUGCUGCUGUUAUUCAGUUACGUCACAAAGCCAGGUGCAUUGAUGAAUGCAUUUUUGUGACGCUCUAUGUUUUACAAUGUUUAGUCAUGUAAACAUGUGCAUGACUGAACGAUAAUAAUAUUAAACCUCAUAAUGGUUCAUGUUUGUAGCGGAUUCUCAGGUGGGAUUGUUCUGCAGGUGGAUGUGAGGGGGAGUCAGCAUUUCUAUGCACUGCUGCCAAGUUCUGAAAUGUAUCCAGCAUAAUAUUAUUUUCCAUUGCAAUUGCAACCAAGCAAUGGGUUUUGUAAAUGGAAAUGUGUUUAAAAAUAUUCAAUCCAGAAAUA